AUGGAAAGGGACGGCAGCCGGAAUGCUUCCCCCGCACGGACGUCUCCAGCCCGGGCCUCCCCUUCCAGGUCAAUAUCCGGCAGGUCAUCAUCUGCCAGGUCAGCCUCCACGACCUCCUCUCCGACGAGAGUGUACCUUGUUAGAGCAACUCCAGUGGGGGCCGUGCCCAUCCGGGCAUCUCCUGCCAGGCCGGCGCCAGCCACCAGGGCCACCAGGGAGAGCCCAGGCGUCAGCUUGCCCAAGUUCACCUGGGAGGAGGGCCAGAAGCGGCUGCCUCUCAUCGGAUGUAUCCUCCUCCUCAUCGCCCUCGUGGUGUCGCUCAUCGUCCUCUAUGGGGGAAGAGAACCCCAGAGUCCAAGAGGGAUUGCAGUCUACUUCUGGCGGGGCCACACGGGGAUCAAGUACAAGGAGCCAGUGGAGAGCUGCCCCAUCCAUGCCAUGCGCUGUGACGGGAUCGUGGACUGUAAGCUGAGGAGUGACGAACUGGGCUGCGUGAGGUUUGACUGGAGCAAGUCUCUGCUUAAAGUCUACUCUGGAUCCUCCCAUCAGUGGCUUCCCAUCUGCAGUGACAGCUGGAAUGACUCCUACUCGGAGAAGACGUGCCAGCAGCUGGGUUUCGUGAGUGCUUACCGGACGACCGAGGUGGCCCACAGGGAUCUUGCUAGCAGCCUCUCAGUCUCCAAAUACAACUCUACCCUCCAGGAAAGCCUCUACAGGUCUGAAUGCCCUUCCCAGCGGUAUGUCUCUCUCCAGUGUUCCCACUGUGGACUGAGGGCCAUGACCGGGCGGAUCGUGGGAGGGGCGCUGGCCCCGGAGAGCAAGUGGCCUUGGCAAGUUAGUCUGCACUAUGGCACCACGCACAUCUGUGGGGGGACGCUGAUUGACGCCCAGUGGGUGCUCACCGCUGCUCACUGCUUCUUUGUGACCCGGGAGAAGAUCCUGGAAGGCUGGAAGGUCUACGCGGGGACCAGCAACCUGCUGCAGCUGCCUGAGGCGGCCUCCAUCUCCCAGAUCAUCAUCAACGGCAACUACACGGACGAGGAGGAUGACUAUGACAUCGCCCUCAUGCGGCUCUCCAAGCCCUUGACCUUGUCCGCUCAUGUCCACCCUGCCUGCCUCCCUAUGCACGGACAGACCUUCAGCCUCAAUGAGACCUGCUGGAUCACAGGCUUUGGGAAGACCAAGGAGACAGAUGAGAAGACAUCGCCCUUCCUCCGAGAGGUGCAGGUCAACCUCAUUGACUUUAAGAAAUGCAAUGACUUCUUGGUCUAUGACAGUUACCUCACCCCAAGGAUGAUGUGUGCUGGGGACCUUCGGGGAGGCAGAGACUCCUGCCAGGGAGACAGCGGGGGGCCCCUGGUCUGUGAGCAGAACAGCCGCUGGUACCUGGCGGGAGUCACUAGCUGGGGCACGGGCUGUGGCCAGAGGAACAAGCCCGGUGUGUACACCAAAGUGACGGAAGUCCUCCCCUGGAUCUACAGCAAGAUGGAGAGUGAAGUGCGCUUCCGGAAAUCCUAG